AUGGGUGGGAACUUUGCAGAAAAUGGUGAUGGUGAAGUUAAGUACUAUGGUGGAACUGUCAGGGUAAGAGUGAUAAAGAAGGGUAUAAGACUUGAAGAUUUGAGGGUUAUGAUAGGAGAAUGGUUUGGUGUAGAUAGUAAUGGUUGCGACAUUAAAUACACAUUGGGCUUUAAUGAUAAGAUAUUAAUAGAUCUUAUUGAUGAUGAUGAAGUUGACAACCUAUUUGAGUAUAAUGAUAGUAAUGCACAUGUUUACGUAACAUCUAAAGGUAAUGAGAAUACGGAGGAAGAAGUGGCUGAUCGAAACAGCAUGUCGAAAUUGUCGGGACUGUCACAGCAAAAUGAUGAGCCAAUGAUUCAGGAUGCUGUCGAAUGUGUGAAUUACAUAGUAGCUGAAAAUGUUCUUAUCCUGUCAUAUGCAGUAGAGAGUGCACCAACUCCUUUGCCAGGGAUGAAUUCCCUGAAAUGGAAGACAAAUUCUAAUGCCCAUAUGUAUGUCAAAUGCAAUGUUGAAGGCUGUCCAUGGAGGAUCAAUGCGAGAGCAGCUGGAAAGAGUACUCUAGCAUUUUUACGUGUAACAACAUUAAAAAAUGAGCAUGUUCAUAAUGCCCAAGACAAUCUUCACGUGACACAUGGUGGAUCAGCUAGCUUGACAUCAUCAAUUAUAAUUGAAGAGGUUAGGGAUCACAUAGACAUGUGUCCAAAUGAUAUAAAAAAGAGGUUGGAAAGAGAUUAUGGUGUGAAGUUGACAUACAAGCAAGUAUACAGGGCCAAGGAAAAAGCAUUAGAGGACAUACAUGGCAGACCUGAUCAAACUUACAUGCUUAUUCCAUGGAUAUGUGAUCGGUUGAAGGAAACAAAUGACAAAACAGUGGCAAAAUGGGUGGCUGCAAGGAACAACAGAUUUAAGCGUGUAUUCAUAGCCUAUGGGUUUUGCAUAGAGGGUUUUAUUGCUGGUGCUAGAAAUGUACUGUAUAUUGAUGGAAGUCAUUUAAGUGGACCGUAUAAGGGGACAUUACUUUCAGCGUCGGCUUAUGAUGGGGACAAUGAAUUAUUACCUUUUGCCAUUGCGAUUGUGAAGGAAGAGACACUUGAGGAUUGGACAUGGUUCUUACAUAUGAUUAAGGAGAUAGUUGGGUCAAUGUAA